AUGAAAUUAGUCAGGAGUCAUACUAUCGCAACUGUUCUCAGUCUUCAAACUCUUUCGACUUGUAUUAUUUUCACUCUUGGUCAAUAUAUUUAUACAUUCUAUUUACAAAUCUAUACGCCUUUAUUGCAUUCAACUUUUCGAAAUGUAACCGCAAUAACGACAUCAACAUCGUUAAACAAACACCAUUCGUUAGAGAAAUGUGCGAAAGUUGGCCGAUCACAAGAUGAUGUUGCUCAAGCAUGGGCACAGCAACGAUCGGCUGAUCUAUUCUUUUGGAUCAAUGUCUGGAGUUGUUUUCCAAUUAUCAUCAUGACAUACAUUCUUGGAUUGUAUACCCCCAAGUUAGGUCGACGGUUUAUCCUCAUUCUACCGAUGAUAGGCAUAGCCAUUCAAGUCACUAUCUGGUUAGCAAUUAUUUAUUUUCAUUUACCUGAACAUUGGUGGUAUAUAGCUGCAUUUAUUGUCGGUCUAUCUGGCUCGGAUAAUGUUCGAAAUUUUGUAUUGAAUUUAUUUAUUACGGAAAAUACGAUCGAAACUGAACGUUCAUCUCGUUUUGUUAUUUUUGGUGCCAUAUCUAUGGUUGUCUCAGCCAUUGGUACAUUUGUUAUUGGUUAUUAUAUAGCAUGGCAAGGCUUUACAAAUUUAUACUGGAUUGCACUAUUUUUACAAUUGAUUUCGAUUUUUAUUGUUUUAUUUUUUUUCAAAUCGGACACACAUCAUUAUAGAUACUUAGCAAAUUCAGAUCAGUCGGAUUUACUUCUGCAAUCAGCGAGUCGGCCAACAAAUUGUCAGUUUUAUUUUCAUAUUUGUCAAAUUUUGACCAGGAGAAAUCGAUCGCGAAAGAAAUAUUUCAGUCUACUGUUGACACUGGUUGUAUAUGCGUUAUUUUCAUUUCUAUGCACGGCAUUUAGUGUUCUUCUUCUUUAUCUGCUCAAUGCACCGUUUUGUUGGACAUCGAAACACGUUGGAAACUUUUCAGCAACUGCCUUAAUCAUAUUCGGAAUCUUCAGCGUUGCCGGAAUGAAAUUGUUAACAAAAUUUGGUGCUUGUGACAUUGUCAUUUGUAUUAUUAGUCAUAUUUUCCUUUGUCUAACAUUACUUUGGUUCGCAUUUGCAGAAAAUGAUUUGCAAAUGUAUAUUGGUUUAUUAUUCAGUUCAUUGUCUGGUUAUCCGAACUUCUUAACUCUGUCGAUGGUGUCGAAAUGGUUGGAAUCACACGAACGAACAAGUGCAUUUACGUUAACUACAGAAAUCAAUACAAUUAUGAAAGUGACAGGAUACUGUUUUUUCAACUGGAUCUAUGCACGAACGGUAAUCCACUAUAAAAAUUUUACAUUUUUACUUGCUGCCGGUUUGACAAUCAUUCCUCUGCUUUUGAAUAUAUGCUUAUGGUAUAUUUCACGAACGAUGUCGGAUGAACCGACGAAUCCUGUCGAGGAGAUUGAUUUAAAACCUGGUAUUCUCUCCGUGCCUACUGAAUGGUCAGCACCAAUUGUAAAUGCAAAUUCAUUUCUUAUCUCGCAGCAAUUGUCUAAUCUAUCGCGAACGAAUUCGAUGUCAUCGACCAUGUUUCUUGGCUCAUAUCUUUCUGGUCUUGUUCCACUGGCGUUCACAUUGUCUGAAACCAAGAUGCGUUAUGUUACUGUACUCGGCGCUGGCCUUCUGGUUGGCACCGCAUUGGCUGUUAUCGUUCCCGAAGGCGUUCACGCACUUUAUAUGAGUGAAUUAGAAACGAAUCAAAUGCAGACACAACAUGAGUUUCAAACUAAUCAUAAAAUCAUCGGUCGACAUCUAAAUCAGCUGGAUCGGGAAGGCAAGGAAGAAAACAAAGGUGUUAAAGACGAUUUUCUACCUCCUGCUCAUCAACACACAGCCGAUCGACCAAGAGAAUUAGGAUCAGAACUGGAUCAUAAACAUAGCGACACGACACAUUCAGCUAUUGGUGUAACACUGAUACUUGGUUUUGUGUUUAUGCUUGUUAUUGAUAACUGUGGUUCGAGAAUUAUUCGACAUCAUGGAACUCAAAUAAAUGAUUCGCCGAGCGCCAUGAGUAUGUCUAAAGCCAAGUCGACAUGGACAGCUACGUUAGGUCUAGUUGUGCACGCAGCUGCUGAUGGCAUAGCUCUGGGUGCAGCAUCAGCGACAAGUCGAUUCAAUGUUGAAUUGAUUGUUUUCAUGGCAAUUAUGUUACAUAAAGCGCCAGCCGCUUUCGGGCUAGUCUCGUUUUUAAUGUCUGAUGGUGUCGACCGCAAACGUAUUCGACGUCACCUAUUGAUCUUUUCCUUAGCCGCUCCAUUGAUGGCUAUAUUUACUUUUGUUCUGUUGAAAAGUAAAGCGCAUGACACUUAUUCCGUUGACUCGACAGGUUUGGCUAUGUUAUUCAGCGCCGGAACAUUCCUAUUCGUUGCGACUGUGCAUGUUUUACCUGAAGUACAAUCUCAUUAUGACAACCGACAAUUUCGCGCUGUCGAACUUCUCAUUCUUAUUAUUGGCUGUUGUUUUCCCAUUAUUCUCUCGAUGGGACACAAACAUUAA